AUGAACACAGAAGACAAAAUUCAGAUUUAGAAAUCCAUGAGUUAAAAUGUGUAAAGUUUUCUGAAGACACUGUGUUUAAUGAAAAUAAAAGUAACAAGUAUAAAAAGGAAAAAUUUGGUCAAAUAAACUUACGGGAGUUGUAUAGAGGUAAAAUCAUGAGUGAUAAUGCAGUUGCAAAGAUGAAUCCUCUAUAUCAGCCAGAUGAUAACUUAGAAGAAGACGGGGUAGAAACAGACAAUGAAAAACUCACCUACCAGUUAACACUGAAAAAUGCUUUAAGGCUAUCAAAAGAACAGAGAGGCAGCUUGAAUGGUCCAUCUUACCUGGAGCAGUAUCUCAUAUUAAAGGCACAUGGAAUCAAGAAGGACAAUAUAGAUAUAGAGAAAUUACCAGAGACAAUGGAAAAACCAGUGUAUGAUAGACUUAUACAGAGAACGUUAGCAAAAGAACGCCGGAAAUUCUGUGUUAAAUGGUCGAUGGUGAUUAUAACAGUUGCCAUUAUAACAGCCGUUGCAACAACACUUGGUGUUUAUUUCAAAAACAACUUCUGAUUUCACAAAAUCUAAAAGCAUUAUCACAUGUGCAUUUUUUAGAAUGUAUUUAAAGUCAUUAAUAAUUAGCUAAACUAUUGUGACACCAAUUAUUGUUGCCAUCAAAUAUGACCUAAUGUAAAGGUGCUGCCAAACAAAUUGUUGUUUAUA